AAAGAUCGAUGGUAAAGAACGAGCAACCGUUUUAUCGAAUAAAUUGCUAACGUUUGUUUUCUUUCGGUCCCGCAAAACAGGAAAGCCGCUACUACGGAUGGACACUCCGAUAUACCAGUUCGAACCGAAGGAUUACGAUCUCGUCUACGAACCUGCGGAGGAUACCUUUCUCCUUCUCGACGCUCUGGAAGAUGAGCUAGAGGACAUCAAGGCCCGGUGGCCGUUGGUUUGCGUAGAAGUCGGUCCAGGAAGCGGUCUGCUCAUAACAGCAAUCCGCAAAUGCCUGCUGCAUGCACCACUCUGCCUCGGAGUCGAUAUCAAUCCGGCGGCCUGUCGAAUGACUCUGAAAACGAGUGGCCUGAAUUCCGCCCCGGUCGAUGCGGUCAAUAUGGACCUGCUUGCGGGGCUACGGCCACACUGCGUGGAUUUGCUCGUGUUUAAUCCACCGUACGUACCGACCGGAGAGGUCGAGGGAUCUCUGGAAGAACACGUUGACGAGUUUCGAUCCGGUCCGUCUCCCAUAAUUCAUUCCUGGGCCGGUGGAGCGGAUGGACGCGUCGUGACUGACCGGUUGCUAGGCGAUUUGGAGCGUAUCCUAGCACCAGACGGUGUACUUUACUUACUCCUGCUGAAAGAGAAUCGACCGGCCGAAGUGAUACGGUGGAUGGAGCAGCGUGGCUUCCGAGGGACCAUCAUCAAGGAACGGCGUAUCCGUGGCGAGCAUCUGUUUGUCCUGCGUAUCGACAGUUCUCCUGGAAAGAGGACGUUAUCGGAGAAGGAAGAAGACUAACACAGACACGGUCUACUACGUUUAGCCUUCUUUGAUGCUUGUCGUUAUUAUUGAGUUACCCAAAGUUGGGCAUUUUUAUCCGUUCAAGUUAUGGUGUAUAUGUGGGUUUACCGUAUAUUUAUAUAU